CAAAAUUCAAAUCGAAGUUAUUGAACAAAUGCCAACCAAUCUCUACUUCGGGAGAAAUACCAAGUAUUCAAAACUUUUUAUUAAAUAAUUUGUUAUUUUGUGAUCAUUAUUUUAAGGAAAAUGUCAAGACAUUCUUUUGCAAGUCCAUUGCGCCCUAAAUUGCAAACAGCCAAAAAGUUUCUGUCACUACAAAUGUCGCAAGCAAGUCAUGCACUAUCAGAUGAAUUCAACAACAUUCUAAAAGGAACAAAGCCAUCAGAAAAGAAGAGAAGACGUAUUGUCGAUGAAAUAUUUUCCAGUGAACAAAGUUAUCAGGAACAUGUACAUCUUAUCACAUCAAUGUUCCUAUCACCGCUGAGAGAGCUGUCUGUAUUGCCGGAGCAUGUUCUCAACGUCAUCUUUUCUAACAUUGAAGCCAUACAAAGCGUGAAUCGAGAGCUUCUUGUUCACAUGGAAACUAUGGGUAUCGGCGAUGCAUUUUUAGCUUUGGCGCCGUUUCUUAAACUCUAUAGCACGUACGCAAAUAAUUUCGAGAAUGCUUUGAAUACGAUCAAGGAAUGGGAGAGAAAAAGCCCAAAAUUUGCAUCGUUCAAAAAACAGCAAGAAAAUCUCGAUGACGCCAAAGGCCUUAAGUUAAACGCCUUGCUGAUAACGCCCAUCCAGAGAAUUCCAAGGUACAAAAUGCUUUUAGAGAAUCUCCUCUGGAAAACACCCGAAGAUCAUGAUGAUUUUUCAAAAUUAAAGGAGGCCGUCGAUCAGAUCAGCAAAAUGGCUCUUGAUAUUAACGAAAACAUUCGUCAGCAUGAAAAUUUUCAAAAGAUUUUAAGCAUCCAGAACAGUUUUAGUCGAGAAUCUGCGCCAAAGCUCUUGGCUCCCGGGCGUGUAUUUAUUAAAGAAGGCACAUUAUUAAAGGUUGGCAAGCGAGGUUGGAGGUCUGCAAGAGAGAAAAAUUUUUUCUUGUUUUCUGACAUCUUGAUUUAUGCAAAGAGAACUAAUGACAAAGAUUGUAACAGGCCAUUUACAUGUCUCAAGGUGUUUCCACUGCAUGAAUGCAAGGUUCAUGAAGUUUUGGGUGAUGGAAACACAAGAGAAGGCGGUGCUCUGUUUUCGAUUGAAUUUAAGAGCAAGUCCCUAUUGCUGUUUUCCAAAUCACAAGGAGAAGCUAAAUCGUGGUUGAAUGAAAUUAGAAAAACCAUUGAAAAUGUUACUGGACACAGUAAGCUCAAGUCUAUCGACAAAAGACCAUUGCAAGCAGCUUGUAAUAGAAAACAGCUUUCCAGACGUAAAAUAAAAAGGUCGAGUGGGAGAAGAACUGUCGAGAAGAAACAGGCGCCAUUCACAGUGUCCAGUCCAAGCCCUGAGAAAGAACUUACAUCCCCUUUGAAGAAGGAAGACUUAAUGCAAGAUGAAAGCAUUCUUUUUAAGGAAAACAAAGAAAUUCCCAAUCUUGCUCAGAGCUCUUUUUACUCAAGCGUUGAAAUUUCUGGGGAAAAUGGUUUAGAAGACGACAUUAAUUCAAAACAACUUUUCAGACGACGUGAAUUAAUCACUGAAGAUCAACGUUCACGAACAGAUAUAAAAAGAAAACUCAGUGAAUCAGAAUUGAGCUUUUCGUCAAACAAGAAGAUACGAAAAAGUGCUCGACUAAGUCAAUGGUUUUUUCCAUGCACUGGCAGUGUUUAGCUGCAAUGUUUUUAUUGUUUUACGCUUUUUGUUUCUCUUCUUUUGAUAUUUACACAUAUGUUAGCAAUUUGAAUUUAAUGUAAAUUUUCGCAUAAAAGCUGAUCAUAAAAUUUUUAAUUACACAUAUUAGCUAUAAAGGAUUCCUUUCAGAUAUUUUGAUUGAAAACUAUCUUUUAAUCAAAAUGUCUUUAAAAUGUGUGCACGUGUAAGUAACUAUUUUAGCAUUUUCUGGUUGAUAAACAUUAACAAGAACAGGAAAACUAAUCUGGAAAAGCUGUGUGGGAAAUUUUUAUCUUUUACCGCUUGUGAAGAGAAUAUGUGAGGUUAAAUAUCAAAUUUAAUUGAAAAAGGUGAAAGUUUCGACUCUGUUGUUUAUUCUAUAUAAAAUACUUAAACUUGAACAUAUUUUGAGAAAUUGAUUAAAUGAUUGUUUCCUGGACAUGUAGAAUUGAUUAAAUGAUAGUGUCCUGGACAUGUAGAAUUGAUUAAAUGAUAGUUUCCUGGACAUGUAGAAUUGAUUAAAUGAUAGUUUCCUGGACAUGUAGAAUUGAUUAAAUGAUAGUUUCCUGGACAUGUA